UAUUAAGUAUAUACGUUUUAUUAAGAGGGACCAAAAAAACAGAAAAAGAAGAGGGUGCAAAAUGAAAAGAAACAAGGAGUGAGAAAUCCUUCCUACGACGCAAAUUUUGGUUACAUGAACAUGGCAAGAAAUUUAGCGGGAAACAUUGGCUUCAAAAUCACAUCUCAUCUUCAACCUCGCAUUUAUUCAAUUCCCAGGAACAUUUGGAAGUUUCGGAUUGAAUGCUUCAAGAGGAGAGACUUUAGUUCUUGUUGUGUUGCUGUUAGGUACAUUCCUAACACAUCAUGCAGGGUGAAAAUUCGUCAUUUAGAGUAUUGUAGUUUUGCUGAUGGAAGUGUAAUCAAGAUAAAUGAUGGGAAAAUUGGGCAUGCAACAAUUGCACAUUGUGAAACUUCUCAAAAUCUAGAUGAAUUUCAUAGUGAGUUGCUCUUUGAUGAUAGUGAAGAAGGUUCUGAACAAAUGGAAGAGGUUGGAGAUUCUUGUGAACAGGAUUUCAUACGUGUUGACAAAUUUACCAAUGAUGCUGAACAAUCGGCUGUCAAAUUACUUGCAUCUAGGGCACUCACAGCAGUUGAGUUGAGAAAGAAAUUGCUUAGCAAGAGAUUCUCUCCUGAUGCAGUGGAGGCAGUGAUAAACAAGCUCCAGAGACAAGGGUUCAUCAAUGAUAGGCUGUAUGCUGAAUCAUAUUCUCAAUCUAGAUGGUCUUCGUCUACUUGGGGGCCGAGACGGAUCAAACAAGCACUGUUCAAGAAAGGAGUUAGUCAAACUGAUGCUGAAAAAGCAGUUGAAGUGGUUUUUAAGGACAACAAUGAUUGUGCUGGAGAAGAGAAGACAGUUAUUGGCUUGUCAAAGCAAUCCAUUGAUCAUCUUUAUGUUCAGGCCUCAAAGCAGUGGUUCAAAGGUCAGAAUGUUCCGAAGGAGACAAGGAAAUCAAGGAUUAUUCGAUGGCUUCAAUAUCGUGGUUUUGACUGGAAUGUCAUUAGCAUCAUAGUAAACAAACUAGAUAGGCAUGAGCAGAAUCCUCCAUAGUGCACAACUGGGACAUCCAAAUUUCAUAGACUAAUCUGAAAUCCAUUUGGUGGGGUCCAUGGACCAUCAUGUUUGAUGUAUUGUAUUUGUAUAGUGUGUAUUAUGGUAGGGCUGUCCAUUGUCUCAUAAUGCUAUGGCAAUAAAACCAGCAUUUCAUUGCUUCAUUUUGUGGCUCAAGGCCAUAAUGCAUUUGAGCACACAAACAUGACUGCACUUGUCUGAGUUCACUGAAGCUACUUUCUUUUUUACAUUGAGGCUGAGUGAGAUAAAGCAGAAAGCACCACUUAGGAGAUGCUACAACUUGUGAGCACACUGUGUGCCCAUUUUUUGAUGGUGCUGUCUGAUAUGAUGUAAACAAUUGAUGUAAGAUUGUUUUAAAGUCUACUUACUCUAGAAAAAUCAGCAACAUGAUUAUUUAUCCAAUUAAAGCCAUUAUUAGAA